GAAGAGCAUGGCAAGUUUCAGACCCUGACCUUGUCAUCAUCUCCAACCACCCUGUUUUCCUCUGCCACCCUUCUGCUCUGCUUUCAUCUGACCCUCCACCGUUUUCUCUCUCUUCCUCUUUCUCCUUCUCCUCCCCUAUUUAUGGGGUCUCAUGCUGCCGAAGUAGCACAUCCAAGCAAACCCAUCGUGUGCUGCCUUUGGAGUUCCGCCACCCUUUUGCCUCUUCCUUUCAUUUGUCGAUUGGUGUGGAACAGAUGGCCCAUCACAGAGAGUUCAUCCACCCUACACCGCAGUCGGAGCAAUUCCCGGCAACAUCAGCUGCUGAUCCUCCCACCUAUGACUUCCUUCAACUGCCUCAAAAUCCACUGGCCCAAUUCCAUGACAUGCAUGAGGUGGUUGGACAUACACAGCCAUUGCAUCCUUCUAAUUUCAUGGAGCUCCAAAAGUGGCAUUUACAGCAAUUUUGGCAGCAACAAAUGCUUGAAUUGGGAAACCUUGCAGAUUACAAGCAGCAUCAACUGCCACUUGCAAGGAUCAAACGUAUAAUGAAAUUGGAUGGGGCGGCAAAGAUGGUUAGCUCGGACACGCCGAUCAUAUUUGCAAAAGCAUGCGAGCUCUUCAUCUUGGAGCUCACGGUACGCUCAUGGCUCCAUGCCGAGCAGUGCAAGAGGCUCACCAUCCGAAGAACCGAUGUAGCAGGGGCCAUCUGCCAUGCAGACAUGCUUAAUUUCUUGGUCGACAUGCUUCGCCCAGAUGAGUUCCAGGUCUUCAUCAGGCAACCACAAAUGCUGCAGCAGCAUAUGAUGCACCGGCAACAAUCUUACCCUAACCACAUCUUAAGUGAGCCACCUCCACCAUUGGUAAGCUGUAAGAACUUGCAUUCUCCAAUGAUAUAUAAUAAAUACUGAAUGAAUAAUAAAGCAACUUAUAUAUAAGAUCUUCAUUCUGAUUUCAAAGCAGGGCCUUAAUCUCCUAAA